UUUAUUCAGUCCGAACCGUCAUGGCAGAUGCGAAAAAAAAUCAGGAGCACGAAGGUUUAGACGAUGAUCACCUAUCCGGUGAUGCUGAUUGUGAAGAUGACGAUGUAGAAAAAGUAACUGAUGGGGAGCUGACCAGUACCAAGAAAAAGAACAAAAAGAAGAAGAAGCGAAGUAAGGACCCACAGACUAGUGAUUCAGACAGCAAGGAUCUAGAGUCAUUGCAGAAUAACGUCGCUGCUAAGGAUGGUGUCAAAGAUGUUGCAGAAUUGCCUAUAUCAAAGCUGCAAGACCUGCAAAAAGCUAUGGAGUUGAUGCAGCUGCAACAGGGUGCUCCAAAAUCUAUGGAGGAGGCACAGAGGAAACAAUACCAGUUCUGGGACACACAACCAGUCCCUAAAUUAUCUGACAAAGUAACAGAGCACACUGCAAUAGAGCCAUCGAAAAGCAAAGCUGAGGUCCGCCAGGAAUCAUACUCUCUACCCCCAGGCUUCAAAUGGGAUACCUUGAAUAUUAAUGACCCUUUAGUGCUGAAAGAGUUGUACACAUUACUAAAUGAGAACUAUGUAGAAGAUGAUGAUAACAUGUUUAGAUUUGAUUAUUCACCAGAAUUCUUACAGUGGGCAUUACAACCACCAGGUUGGCUACAAAACUGGCACUGUGGAGUCAGAGUGGAGAAAAGUGGCAAACUAGUGUGCUUUAUCAGUGCAAUACCUGCGCACAUAAAAGUCUAUGCUCAUAAACAAACAAUGGUAGAGAUCAAUUUCCUAUGUGUCCACAAAAAGUUACGUGCUAAACGGGUUGCUCCAGUGCUAAUUCGUGAGAUCACUCGAAGGGUUCAUUUAGAAGGCAUAUUUCAAGCUGUCUACACAGCCGGUGUAGUCCUACCAAAACCAGUUGGAUCAUGUAGGUAUUGGCAUCGCUCACUGAAUCCUAGGAAAUUAAUAGAGGUGAAAUUCUCUCAUCUGAGUCGCAACAUGACCAUGCAACGAACACUCAAGCUUUACAAGCUGCCAGAAUCUACUAAAUCAUCUGGGUUUAGGCCUCUUGCAUUGGCAGAUGUGCAUGAGACAUACCAGCUGUUAAAUAAUUACCUAGAAAAGUUUGACCUGACCCCAAUCUUCUCUGAAGAAGAGUUCAAACAUUGGUUCAUCCCCAGGGCAGGCAUCAUAGACAGCUAUGUCAAUGAGAUUGAUGGUAAGAUUAGAGAUUUUGUUAGUUUCUAUACACUGCCCUCCACUGUGAUGCACCACCCCCAGCACAAGAGUCUGAAAGCUGCCUAUUCAUUCUACAAUGUUAGUACGAGGACAACACUCCCAGACCUCAUGCAGGAUGCACUCAUCACAGCUAAAAAUAUGGGAUUUGAUGUUUUCAAUGCACUGGAUCUGAUGGACAACAAAGAAUUUCUGGAGAAGCUUAAGUUUGGAAUUGGUGAUGGAAAUCUGCAGUAUUACCUUUAUAAUUGGAAAUGCCCUCCUAUGACCCCUCAACAGAUUGGUUUGGUGUUACAAUAGUAGUGUAUAUAGGAGGAUACGAUCAACACUCCCAAUACAAUAGAAUUACAAUGUGCACUGCAUUGUAUGAGACUUCUAACAUUCAGGGUCAUUUAAUUUCAAACAGGAAAGGUUGCAGUGAAUAAUGCAGACCUGCUUUAUAAC